GGGGGGAAAGAGUUUUCCCUGUUCUGAAUAAGUCACUCUGCGAAGCAACUCCGCGCAACUUCGUCGUCUGACAGCUUUCUGCGUAGCAGAGAACCACAGUGUGCAGGAGAGCAGCUUUACGGAGGACAGUGUUAGAACCACAGUGUGUAGUUCACCAGCGGGACUCACACGGAGCGGAUGAUACCAGUGUUUCCGAUCGCCUCGCUCCUGCGUGAUAGUCGCUCCCCCGUCCCAGCGCCGAGCCCCGGGUCUCUGCAGCAAUCUCUGCUCGUUCAGGGGGUUCAUGUACUGGAAAAAUGAAGUUUCGUCCCCUCUGUCCGAGGGAAACAAGAUUAUGUCCGAAGGAAUUUCCACUAAACAGCUGAUGUCCGGCCGGCAGCAGAGCGCGCCGGGAGCCCCUGUGCGCUGCUUGGAGACCAAACACACAAUCCUGAUGUCUCAUUCGGACGGAGAGUCCCAGCGGUCCGCCAUGGAGCGGGAGGACGGGUCCUCGCCCAGCCCCGCGUCGACCCCGUCGGGCUGCUCGCCCACCUCCACCGCCGGCUCGGAGCAGUCGGCCGGGAAGAAUAACACGUGUGCGAGCUGCGGCCUGGAGAUUGUGGAUAGAUACUUACUCAAGGUGAACAACUUAAUCUGGCACGUGCGUUGUCUGCAGUGCUCGGUGUGCAGGACGUCGCUUCGUCAACACAACAGCUGCUACAUCAAAAACAAAGAGAUCUUCUGUAAAAUGGAUUAUUUCAGUAGGUUCGGUACUAAGUGUGCACGCUGCGGUCGGCAGAUCUACGCCAGCGACUGGGUGCGGCGGGCCCGGGGCAAUGCUUACCACUUGGCGUGUUUCGCCUGCUUCUCAUGUAAGAGGCAGCUGUCGACCGGAGAGGAGUUUGGCUUGGUGGAGGAGAAGGUCCUGUGCCGGGUGCAUUACGACACCAUGGUGGAAAACCUCAAACGGGCUGCCGAGAACGGCAGUGGAAUAACCCUGGAAGGAGCCGUUCCAACAGAGCAGGACACCCAGCCCAAACCGGCCAAGAGGGCGCGGACGUCCUUCACAGCAGAACAACUGCAGAUCAUGCAGGCUCAGUUCGCCCAAGACAACAACCCCGACGCCCAGACGCUGCAGAAGCUUGCAGACAUGACGGGGCUGAGCAGGAGGGUUAUACAGGUCUGGUUUCAAAACUGCAGAGCAAGACACAAAAAACACACCCCGCAGCACAGCGGGGGACCCCAGGGACACCCCCAGUCCCGGAUCCCGUCCUCGCUGCCGGAUGAGCUUCAUUACUCGCCCUUCGGGAGUCCUGAGAGGGCGCGCAUGGUGGCCCUCCAUGGCUACAUCGACAGUCACCCCUUCUCCGUCCUCACCUCCCAGAGCCACCCCCACCAGGCCAUGUCCCUACCACAGCUGCCCCUCAGUCGCUAGCCCCCCCCCCCCCCCCCCCCCCCCCCCCACACACACACCACACCACACCACCGCCCUCUCCACCCCUGACCUGUGAACCCUGACCCCGGCCGUCGGCCACUUCCACCAAAUGGACCCCUGCGGGCCCCAAGGGAGUCAACUUGGAGUGGAGAAAAAAAAAAGACUUAAACAACUCCACCACCCCCCCAGCCCCCAACUCCACUCACUCAGCAGGAAUGCAAGAGAGAAAAUAAAUGAAGAAGAAGAAGAAAAAGAAGAAGAAGAAGAAGAAGAAGGAGAAG